AUGUCAGACGACGAAGCCUUUGAUAUUGCAGGAUCACUUGCAUUGAAAGAUGAAGAUGAUUAUUCUGAUAGUUCUUCAAAUGAAGGAGAAGAUUUCCAAGACGAAAUAAUACCCCUGGAUGAUGAAAAAGAGCCAUCUCCACCACCGAAAAAGAAAUCUAAACCAAACCCACAAGCUUUCCCAUCUUUGGAACUUUCUGACAACGAAGGCAACAAUGACGACGAUGACGAUGAUGAUUCUAAGAUUAACAGUUAUUUCAUCAACAAUAAUCCAACUGCCAAAAAGGCCAAAGCAGGUUCAUUUGCCUCAUUUGGUUUGACCAAGUUUAUAUUGGCCAAUAUUGCCAAAAAAGGUUAUAAACAACCAACUCCAAUUCAAAGGAAAACCAUCCCACUUAUUAUGGAAGGAAGAGAUGUGGUUGGUAUGGCACGUACUGGUUCCGGUAAAACUGCAGCAUUUGUGUUACCCUUGAUAGAAAGAUUAAAACUGCGUCAACCUGGUGGUGUGAGAGCAGUCAUUUUAUCUCCCUCAAGAGAAUUGGCAUUACAAACUUAUAAACAAGUGAAAGAAUUCAGUCAUGGAACGAAUUUGCAGUCAAUUGUUUUAAUUGGUGGGGAUUCUUUGGAAGAAGAUUUUUCGAAAAUGAUGACAAAACCUGAUAUCAUUGUUUGUACUCCAGGGAGAUUCUUACAUUUAAAAGUAGAAAUGCAGUACGAUUUAAUGACAGUACAAUACAUUGUAUUUGAUGAAGCAGAUAGAUUAUUUGAAAUGGGGUUUGCUGAACAAUUAAAUGAAUUAUUGGCAUCAUUACCAAGUAAUCGUCAAUCAUUGUUAUUUUCCGCUACCUUGCCAAGAUCAUUGGUCGAUUUUGCCAAAGCAGGAUUAACCAACCCAGUUUUAGUCAGAUUAGAUGCUGAAUCAAAAAUAUCAGAUCAAUUACAAAUGGCAUAUUUCACCACCAAGAAAAAUGAACGUGAAGCAAACUUAUUGUACAUUUUACAAGAAGUUAUCAAAAUGCCAUUAGGAUCAGAAGAACAAAUCAAAAAAUUGAAAGAUAUGGAUAAAAGAAAAAUUGAUUCAGAUUCUGAAGAUGACGACGACGAUGAAGAACGUAAAAAAGGUAAGAAAAGAUACAAGUUUAAGAAGGAAAGAUUACCUCCAGCAAAUCGAUUACCAUCGCCACAUUCGACUAUUGUAUUUGUACCAACUAAGCAUCAUGUCGAAUACGUCACCAAAUUGCUUAGAGAUGCUGGAUAUUUGGUGUCAUACAUUUACGGUACUUUGGACCAACAUGCCAGAAAGAAUCAAUUGUAUCAAUUCAGAGUAGGAUUAACCAAUGUAUUAGUAGUCACUGAUGUUGCUGCUAGAGGUAUUGAUAUUCCCGUCUUGGCCAAUGUUAUAAACUUCACUUUACCCGCAUCGUCAAAGAUUUUCAUCCAUAGAGUUGGUAGAACUGCAAGAGCUGGUAACAAAGGUUGGGCUUACUCGAUAGUAAAUGAAAAGGAAUUACCUUAUUUGUUGGAUUUGGAAUUAUUUUUGGGUAAGAAGAUUUUGCUCACAUCAAUGCACGAAGCAAAAGUGGAAAUGUUGAAAAAAUCACUGACAGGUACAUUCAUACCACCAGUUGUGAAUUAUACUGAAAGAUUAGUUUUAGGGUCGGUACCUAGAGUAGAUCUCGAAACUUUCCAAGAACUUUACGAAAAUUUGUUACGAAAUAAUUAUGAAAUCAAAGUCUUAAAAGAUGUUGCUGCCAAGGGGGAGAAACUCUAUCAUCGAACAAGACAACCUGCAUCGCAAGAAUCGUUAAAGAGAAGUAAAGAAAUUAUAGAGAGUUCUUGGGAUGAUCAACAUUUGUUAUUUGGAGAAAAUUUAGAAAAGCAGAAAGAUGCAUUUUUAGCCAAGUUGCAAGAUAGAAACUCGAAGCAAACGGUAUUUGAACUUAAAGGUAGUGAUGAAAGUCUUGUUGAAUUUAUGAAUAGAAGAAGACGUCAAUUAGCACCUAUUCAACGUAAGGCUAAAGAACGUAAAGAGUUGUUAGCUAAGGAAAGAUUAGCUGGGUUAACUCACGGUAUUGAAGAUGAAAUAUUACGUGCCGAUGGAGAAAAUGGUUAUGGUGUUGAUGAAGAUGAAUUACAAGAAGCUUUUGAAGAUGCCGAUAAAAAGAAAUCAUUUAGAGACCCACAGUUCUUCCUCAGUCAUUAUGCUCCAGCUUCCGUUAUUCAAGAUCAGCAAUUAUCACUUAGUACUUCAUUUGCCAAUGAAGCACAAGCUGCUACAUUUGAUUUGGAUAAUGAUGAUAAAAUACAAACCAAUAAACAAGUCAUGAGAUGGGAUAAAAAGAAAGGAAAAUAUAUUAAUUCCAAAUCUACUGACAAAAAAUACAUUAUUUCAGAAAAUGGGACGAAAAUCCCUGCUUCGUUCAGGUCAGGUAAGUUUGAUGAAUGGAGAAAACAAAGAAACCUUAAACCAACAAGUACUGUUGAAGACGAUUCUAAUAAACGUUUCAAACAUAAACAACAAAGAGCACCUAAAUUACCAGACAAGUUUAGAGAUGAUUACCACAAACAAAAGAAGAAGGUUGAAAAGGCUAUUGAAUCUGGUGUUAAUGUUAAAGGUUUCCAUACCCCUCAACAAGAAAUCAAAUCUACUGAACAGAUUAGAAAGGCUAGAUUGCUUAAAGAAAAGAGAAAAGCUAAGAAUGCUCGUCCAAGUAAGAAAAGGAAAUAG